AUGUCCAAGAUUAUCGAUGAUGUCAAAUCCGGCCUCAAGGGUAUCAAAGGAGCCGGCGAUACAGUUCGCGGAUCUCUGAUGGAGGCGGCCGACCAAACCUUCGAGCCAAACCAACAACAUCCUUCCGUCGUUGCCAGGAAUGAAAAGCACAGAGCCGCCGCCGAGAAGGGCAAAAUGGACGUUGAGGGAGCCGAUGCCAUGGUCGCGCGUCAUGAGUGGAAUCGCAAAGACCGCGCGACCCAACGCCAAGCGGCUGCCACGAUGCCCGAGGGGAACCAAGGAACCACAGCCUAUGAUGACUCCGUCCCUCACGCUGAAGCUCCUGGCACUACAGUUCCAGCGACUGCGGGUCCUGGAAUGUCAGCACCUGGUAUUGCAGCGCCCGCAGUCCCCCCUUCGCAGGUCACCGAAGAAACAACUGCUCCCGCAGUGUCUGAAGGCGGCAUUGGUAGGACUGUGCCCAGCUCUCGAAACACCUAUCAAGAAUACCCGCAGGAUCACGUCCCUCGGCCAUGA